AUGGCUGACGGGGCCAAAACCGCGUCAGGUGGCUCCACAGCUGGUUCUGUGAAAUCCAAAGUGGGAGUGGUACUGAGCAAGCUGCGGGUGUCCGUGGAGUUGCUCAUCACUCUGGCUGCCUUCUUGUCCUGGCUGGUGGUGGGCGUGGUCAUGUUUGACUUUGUGGAGUACAAUGCAGUACCUGACAUUCAGCAGGUGGUGUCAGACCCGGUCCAAGCCAUGCAUGAUGCAGUGGAGGAGGUGUCCAGUCUGGUCAACAAGUUCCAAGAAUGUGCGCCUGACCUAAGUGACCCCAUGUCUGCAGCCGCGUACGCGGUGGAGGAAAUAGCGGAAGCAAAAGAUGGAUUUGUGCAAUACUUGUCAGACGAAGAAGGAAACUUCUACCUGAGCUAUGUUGACCCGGUGGUCUUUGGCAGAAGACUUUUCCAUUCAACCGACGACUGCGUGUGCGGCGUGAUGGCGUCCAUCAGGGACGCUCUGUGUGCCGCCGUGGACGCCGCAUGGGCCACCGUAUCCUACUUAAAAACAGGAACAAUGGACAUGAGCUUCAUGGAUCCAGUGGCGUUAGGCCGAGGCGUCUUCUUCGGCAUCAACGACUUCAUGUGUGGUUGGAUGACCUCCAUCCAGAAGUUCUUCUGCCGCAUCUUGGACUCUUUUCUGGAUCUCAUUAAAGGAACUGUUGACCUCAGUGUUUUGGACCCUGUGGCGUUUGGUAGAAACGUCAUCAUGGCCACGAACGACACCUUCACUAAAGUCUCCAGCAGCCUCCAGGAAGUGAUGGAUGCUGUUACAGACAGCGUUGGCAACAUCAUCAAAGGAACUACGGACUUGAGCUUCAUUAACCCGGUGGUGAUUGGCAGAAAUAUCUUCAGUAUCUUUAACAAGUUUGUGAGUGGAACAUUCGCACAUCUCCAGGAUGUGUUGUGUUCCACUGCGGACGUGACGCUGGACGCCAUUAAAGACAUCCAGGAAAAAGUUGCAUUCAGCCCCUCUGCGGCGCUAAAGAGGACCGUGGAAAUUGUCGUAGAGCAGUACCACAUGCUGGUCGACGCCAUUGCUGCCUUGCUCAUAGGCGAACAAGGAAUCUUGCCCGAUGUGGCCUUUAACCCGAUGAAAGUGAUGGAAGACGCCAUGUUGGAUCUGACGGAAAAGAAGGACGUGUUAGUGGCGUAUUUGUCCGGCAUGAUUGUGGCGGAUCAAGGAGAAUCUGUGGCUUCACCGGCUGUCAGCGUCAUUCCUGAAAAAGUUGAAAGUGUGGCAUCCCACUCUGAGAGACAUAUGGUCAGGCGCAAAGGUGAAUUUCUGCCAUCAUAUGUAAAAGUUGCAGAGAUGAUGAUCGCCGCUAAAGACACAGAAGACAACAAAAAAGCAGCGAAGGAAGCGCCAGCAUCACCGGGAGAGGAGAUAGAGGAGAAGGACACGGGAAAAGAUGAAGGGGAGGAGCAAGAAAAAGAUGACGUUGACGAAGUAACAGAAGAGCAGAUGAAUAAAGAAAGAUAUGAAGAAGAAAUUGUGACAAAAGAGGAGAAGACCAAAGAUGCUCAAGUUCUAGUAGUGGAGGAGGAGUCAAGAGAUGAAGAGGAUACAACAUUAGAUGAAGACAAUGUGGAGGAGACAACAAAUAAAGGUGAUGAUGAGGAGAAGGAAGCAGAGACAAUUUUAGAUGAUGAUGCGAUGGAAGAUGAAGAGACUACAAAAUUAGAGGAGAACAUGAUAAUGUUAGUUGAGGAGUCGACAUUAGAUAACGAUGACACCACAACUGUAGAUGACAACGAGGAGGAAGUGGAGACAACAUCUGAAGAAAGGGAGGAGGGAGAAAACACCACCACUAUUAAAGAUGACGAUGAGGAGCAAAAAGAAGAUGAGGAGACAACAUUAGAUGAGGAGGAGGAAAAUGAGGAGACCACAACUGAAGAUGACUCUAAGGAGGUAGUGGACACAACCAUAGAGGACGAGGUGGAGGAAGACACAACCACAAUUGAAGUUGAGGAGACCACAACUGAAAAUAAUGAGGAAGAGGAGGAGAUAACAUUAGAUAAGGAGGAAGAUGAGGAGAUCACAACUGAAGAUGACAGUAAGGAGGAAGAGGAGACAACUGAAGAGGGGGAGGAGGGAGAAGACACCACCACAAUUAAAGAUGACGAUGAGCAGGAAGAGGAGGAAACAGCAGAUGAGGAAGAAGAAGAAACAACAUUAGAUCAAGAGGAAGACGAGGAGACUACAACUGAAGAAGACAAUGAGGAAGAAGAGAUGACAACAACUGAAGAGGAGGAGGGAGAAGACACCACCACAAUUAAAGAUGACGAUGAUGAGGAGGAGGAGGAAGCAACAACUGAAGACGAUGAUGAAGAGGAAGAUGAGGACACAAUAGGAGUAGAUCAUGUGGAGGACACCACAACUAAAAACGAUGAGGGUGAGGAAGAGGAGGUCGAGACCACAACUUUAAAACAUGUGAAAGAGGACCAAAAGGAGGAGACCAUGUUAGAUGGGGAGGAGGAGGAGGAAGAUGUGGGGACAACACUAGAUAUUGGUAUGGAGAAGGAGGAGGAGGCAACAUCACUAGAUGAUGAUAUUGAGGAGGAGGAGGAGACAACUGAAGAUGGGGACAAGGAUGAGGAGCUGACAACAGAUGAGGAGGAGGGGGAGGAGGAAGAAGAAAAGGAGACAACAACAGAAGAUGAAGAUAAAGAGGAGCCUACAACAAUAUUAGACGACGAAGAUGAGGAGAAGCAUAAGGAGACAACAAUAACAGUGGAUGAAGAGGAAGAGGAAUCCACAACAAUAUUAGACAACGAAGAUGAGAAAACAACCAUAACAGCAGAUGAAGAUGAAGAUGAAAAGGAGUCCACAACAAUAUUAGAUGAAGAGGAUAAGCAUGAGGAGACAACAACAGUAGAUGAAGAUGAGAAGGAGUCCACAACAAUAUUAGAUGAAGAGGAUAAGCAUGAGGAGACAACAACAGUAGAUGAAGAGGAGGAGACUUUCAUUAAUAAUGAAGUUCAUGUAGAUGAAGAUGAGGUGGAGUCUUCAGUACACCAAGUUGAAACUACAUCUGAUGAAAGUAACCACAGCUUAACAUCUGAUGAUGAUGAUGAUGAUGAUGAAGAAAGAGUGAGUUUAUCAGCAGUGUAUGACCUAAAUACAAACAGCGACAGGAUGGAUGACGGCCAUGACAACAAGAAGAAGAAGAAGAGUGAAAGUGGGAGCGUGGAGCCUGUAGGAAGAAGGAAAGAUCUCAGCAAACGUGACAAAGUCGUGGAAGAAGCAGAGAAAAGAGAGGCACUUAAAGAAGUUAAAGAUAGACUUAAAGAUCUUUUAAAAGACAAGAAAAAGGACGCAGAACAUGAGGAAUCAGUCAAAAACAAAACAACAAGAGAAGAAAAGCCAAAAGAGAAGGUCAAACCUACCUUGACUACGCUUCUUGAGCAAAAAACGGACAAAUCCAAAGAACAAACGCUGGAGAAGAAGCCACCAAAGGAGCCUCAAGUUAAAGCAAAGUCCAUCAAAGACAAAACAGAUAUUAAAAAGCCUUUUGAGGAGGUCUCCAGAGUUAAGAAGCUGGGAAUUAAGAGAACAGCCACAGACGACAGAAAGUAUUCAAAGGAUCUGAGGAAACCUACCAAAGAAGAGAAAAGAGAGAAAGAACCGGAUUUUAAAAAUCAAACCAAGAAAGAGGAGGCAAAACCUCUCAAAGAACCUUUUAGAAAGGAGAAUGAAGUCAGGAAAACUCUGAAAGAAGAGAAUGGGGUAUUGGAAACUCCUAAGGACAAGAUAGAUAAUACGGUAAAAGAAGACAAAAAAACACUCAAAUCCCAGAAAGAGGUCAAGAAACCUGACAAAGAACAACGAAAAACUGAAGAACCAUCCAAAGAAAAAGCCAAGAUAGAGGUCAGGAAAUCACUUAAAGAAGAGCAAGAUGUUGAAGAACCACCUAAGGAAGAAGCCAAAGAGGCAAAAGUGAUCAGGAAACCUAACAGAAAACUGAGUCCCACCAAGAGAUUACUCAAAGAAGAAGACAAGAAAUCAUUGAUUGUUAAAGAAGCCAAAAAAAUGUAUUCAGAAGUUGAGAAAGCUCCUAAAGAGGAGAAUGUCACAAUGCAACAUCCUAAAACAGAAAUCAAAGACAAGAAACUUCUCAAAGUGGGGAAAACAAUCAAGAAAACCGUCAAACCAUCAACAGUUGAAAAAGAAGAUCAGAAACUUAAUUUGGGAGAAGUCAAGAAAGCUCCGGGAAAAGAGAAAGUCAUGAAAGAACAUCCCAAAGACGAAAAAGAACUCAAGACACUUGUCAAACCAGAAAGAAAAAUGAAUGUCACGUCUAAAGAAACAACGAAACCCCAAGAUGACAUUAAAAAAGUCAAGAAAUCUCCCAAAGACGAAAAACAACUCAAGAAACUUGUCAAACCAGAGAGAAAAAUGAAUGUCACGUCUAAAGAAACAACAAAACCCCAAGAUGACAUUAAAAAAGUCAAGAAAUCUCCCAAAGACGAAAAACAACUCAGGAAACUUGUCAAACCAGAGAGAAAAAUGAAUGGCACGUCUAAAGAAACAAAGAAACCCCAAGAUGACAUAAAAAAAGUCAAGAAAUCUACCAAAGACGAAAAAGAAAUCAAGAAACUUGUCAAACCAGAGAGAAAAAUGAAUGUCACGUCUAAUGAAACAAAGAAAACCCAAGAUGACAUUAAAAAAGUCAAGAAAUCUCUCAAAGAUGAGAAGGAAAUCAAGAAACUAGUCAAACCAGAGAGAGAAACAAAUGUAUCGUUUACAGAACCAGUGAGACCAUCAGUAUACCUGAAAGAAGUCAAGAAAUAUUCCAAAGUCAAGAGAGAUGCCAUACGGGAUAUAAUGAUUACAAGACUUUUGAAAGUAGAAGCCAAGGAACUUACAGAAAAGGAGGAGACAGAACCUAAGAAAGCCACCAAAGACAAGAGAGAACAACAUAAACCUCAUGAGAAAGAGAGUGUCAUCAGAAGCACUUCCAAAGUAGAUAAAGAAGUUCUCAAGAAACCUCAUAUAGAAGACAAAGCAGUAAAUGAAAUUACCAAAGAAAAGGACGACACCAGGAAACAGCUUAAAGAACAGAAACCAAAGACAGCACAUAAAAAGGCCCCCACUCUGGAGAAGGAGAAGACGCCUCAUGAAGCCCCAUUUCAGGUGAAAGAAAAGAAAAAGCCUCUUAAAGAAGAGAAGAUUCAACCUGAAGAAGAAAAGAUUAUAGUCAAAGAAGAGGGGAAACAUCCUAAAGAAAAGAUACCACUAAUAGAAGAGGAGAUCCAACCUAAAGAGGAGAAGAUUCAACCAAAAGAAGAGAAGAAACCUUCUAAGGAGAAGAUUCAAUCCAAACAGGAGAAGAAAGCUCCUAAAGAGAUGAAAAUUCAACCCAGAGAAGAAAGACAUCUCAAAGAGGAAAAAACGCAAUCUAACGAACAGAAGAGAAAGACUCCAGUCAAAGAAAAGAUGAUCCCAUCCAAACAGGAGAUGAAACCACAUCAAGAAGAGAAACCUCUUAAAAAAGAGAAGAUUCAACCUAAAGAAGAAAAUAUUCUAGUCAAAGAAGAGGGGAAGCAUCCUAAAGAGAAGAUACCACCAAAAGAAGAGGAGAUCCAACCUAAAGAGGAAAAGAUUCAACCCAAAGAAGAGAAGAAACCUUCUAAGGAAAAGAUUCAAUCCAAACAGGAGAAGCAAGCUCCUAAAGAAGAGAAGAAACCUCUUAAAGAGGUGAAAAUUCCACCCAAAGAAGAGAGAUCUCUCAAAGAGGAAAAAACGCAAUCUAACGAACAGAAGAGAAAGACUCCAGUCAAAGAAAAGAUGAUCCCAUCCAAACAGGAGAUGAAAACACAUCAAGAAGAGAAACCUCUUAAAGAAGAGAAGAUUCAACCUAAAGAAGAAAAUAUUCUAGUCAAAGAAGAGGGGAAGCAUCCUAAAGAGAAGAUACCACCAAAAGAAGAGGAGAUCCAACCUAAAGAGGAGAAGAUCCAACCCAAAGAAGAGAAGAAACCUUCUAACGGGAAGAUUCAAUCCAAACAGGAGAAGAAAGCUCCUAAAGAAGAGAAGAAACCUCCUAAAGAGGAGAAAAUUCUACCCAUAGAAGAGAGACCUCUUAAAGAGGAAAAAAUGCAAUCUAACCGACAGAAGAGAAUAAGUCCAGUCAAAGAAAAUACGAUCCCAUCCAAAGAGGAGAUAAAACCACAUCAAGAAGAGAAACCUCUUAAAGAAGAAAAGAAGAUUCCACCCAAAGACAAAGAGGUUACAAAAGCCCCCAAAGAAGAUAAAGAACAAAAGAAACUCCCCAAAGAAGAGGGGGAAGAUAAAGUAAUGGAGAAGAAACCUUCCAUCAAGAAAGUAAAAAUAAUCAAGAAACCAAUAAAAGAUGCUGCAGAAUUAAGAAGACCAUCUAAAGAAGUCAGACAGCCCUUGAGAGAGAAGAUACUGACAGAAUCUUCAAAGCAUGAGAAGAAAGACAAAGAAAAGGAAGGACCUGAACAGAAGACACCCACAGAGGAGAAGGAAACCCCCAAGAAGCUUUCAAUGGAAGAAACCCCACAUGAAACAAAGACAGUAUCAUCAAAGAUCCCCAAAGACGUUGCUGAACCCGUCAAAUCUUUCAGGACUCACGGACUUGUCAAAAUGCAUCUCCAAGAGGAGAAGGAAGAACUAGCUGAGACUGCUUCAAAAGACCAACCUGAAGAAACAUCAGAGAAGACCAUAGACAAAAAAGGACUGAAGAUCCUCAAAGAAAGAAAACAACCAGAAAAAGAUGAAAAGAGAGAGAUCAUUUCCAAAGGACUGCAGAAGAUAAUCAAACAAGAAUCAGAGGAACCCUUAAAGAAAGAAAAGCAUGUUUUAAAACAAUCUAAGAAGGACGGAAAAGACAGUGAACAGAAGAAGCUGUCCAGGGUGGUCUCUGAAGAAGUGAAAGUGAUCGCCAAAGAGAAAACAAGGACCAUAGUCAAAGACGUGAAAGAGGACAGGAAGAGUUCUACGGAAGAAGCUGUGAAGACAGCCACAAGAACCACAAAGACUGAGAAGACCAGAAUGUCCAUCAUGACGAAGGAACAUGUUAAUGCUACUAAAGCUGCUGAUGUGCCCAAGAGACCUAUAAGUUUGGUAAGGGUCACCAAAAAGCAGAUAGCCCCCAUCUUGAAAAAGGAACAAAAGAAUGCAACCAAAAUAGAGGCCCCAAAGGUUCCUAAGGUGACGGCCAAACCAGAAGCUGCAAAGAAAGAGGUGCCAAACGAAAAAGUUGCAGCAGCUCCUGCCAAGAAAGCGGCUCCGAAGACAAAGCUCAAACCGGUCAUCAGGAAAAAAGUAUUGGCAGAACAAGAGAGUCCUGCAAGAAACGCCUCCCUGCUGAAGGAGAGAGUCAAAAUAGUGCCAAUGAAGAAAGCUGCAGUUGUCACAAGGCCCAUAAAGAAGGUCACGGAUGUUACCCCUAAGACUCCUGCUGAAGCAGUCGCAGUAAAGGGAAAAGCAGUUGUGCCAAGAAAAGAUGGAGUAGCCGCACAUAAAAAUGCUUCUCUAACCAAAGAGAAGGUGAAAGUGGUGCCACUGAAGAAAGAACCAGACGCUGCAAAGGAAAAGGCCAAAGCAGCUGAUGAAAAGAAAGUGUCCUCUGAAGCCGAAGCUGACACAAAGAGGGGAAAGGCCACAUCUCUUCUAAAAACUAAAAUGCAAGAGCCUUCAAAAGAAAAUAUCAAGCCUGCAGCGGUGAAAAAAGAUACUGAGCUUGCAAAGGAGGCAAAAGUAGCAAAGAAAGAGGCUAAGCGUGCAAAAGAAGUCAAGGCAGAAACGAAAGAGCCUGAUCUUGCAAAGGAGGCCAAAACAGCUGCAGCAAAAAAAGUGGUGCAGAAGGCAACCAAAGACGAAAAAUCGAAAGAAGACAGAGUUCUUAAAGAGAUACAGGAGCCGGUGAAAAAAAAUAAAUCUGCAAAAGAGGAGCAGGCAAAAGUCGACUCGGAGGAAUUUCUGAUGGAGGACGAGCUGCCCUACUUUCAGUGUUUCUUCGUGGACGAGGACGAGGCCCAGUUUCCCUUUUACGCCUUUUCGCCUCUGCAGAUUUAAAAAGCGGACAAUGAGAAGGCCAACGCCACGCAGGAUUGUGGGCCAUUUGGAAUGGGUUUUUGAUUUCAGGUUUGGUUGAGCUCUCGUACCAAAUAUGUACAACCAAUGUCAUUCCUUUUUUUUUUACAGUUUUGUUUUAAAUUAUUUAAUUCUUAAUGACUAUAAUUGUAUUUGAUCUUCACUUAAUUGUAUUUACAUUUUUUUGAAUUUAAAUUGAUUUAUUCAUUCUGUACUCAUAUUUUCACAUCGAACAUCAAAUAUAUUGUAUUUCCACAAAACUGUUGAACAAAUACAUGAAUGCCUCAGAGCAGACAUGGCAUCUGUAAAGCCGAAGUUUACAUUGCCCGGCCCCUAUUGGAGAAAAUACAGUAUUUGUUGUUUUUUCCCCGUAUUUAUCUGAAUGUUUGUUUUGUUUUCACCCAAAAACACGUAUUUAAACAACAGUUACAGUCACACACACACACGUGCUGUCAGUUUUGUUACUUUACCGUCAUAAGGAAUGACUGUACAUGUACUAUGUAGUAUUUGAGAGCUCCCAAAUAUGAUGGGAAAAAAACUAGCUAUAGAAACAUUGGCAUUUAAUGUCUUAUUAAAAUCUAGACGCCAAUGUUAAUGCUGGCGACUAACUAAAAAUGAACUAUUUUUAGUUAAGUUCCUUCCUAAAUAAAUGAUAAAUGGGUUAUACUUGUAUAGCGCUUUUCUACCUUCAAGGUACUCAAAGCACUUUGACAGUAUUUCCACAUUCACCCAUUCACACACUGAUGGCGGGAGCUGCCAUGCAAGGCGCUAACCAGCAGCCAUCAGGAGCAAGGGUGAAGUGUCUUGCCCAAGGACACAACGGACGUGACUAGGAUGGUAGAAGACCAACUAUGCACUACUGAUGUAUAUUACAAUAAGAUCUAAUAAAAAGAUGUCAAUACUUGAUGAGCGACGCACAAUUCUGAACUUCAUUCAGAUUUGCCUUCUUUUAGGCAAGCAUCAGAAAUGAGGCCUGAAUACUGACAAAGACGUGUUGAAUACAUUUUACUGUCACCGCACAUCAUGUGAUGGCACUCCAGCUGUGAUUUUGUGGCGGCGGGUGCAUUGUAUGUCCCAGGCCAGACCGCACCAGCUGUUGUUUAUGAAGCUUUUCUAUUGUACUUCCAAAUGCUACCGAAUGGAUGACAGUUAAUGUUAAUCCUAAAUUGACACACACAUAAUGGAAAUCCACUUAUCUCUUUUUGGAAAAAAAACCCCACACAUUUUGUGUAAACGAAGCACUCAAGCAGGCUCAGGCUUGUAUGGGUUUUUUUUCCAGAGGAAUACUAGUGCACACUUUGCACUUACUGUAUGACAGAAAAUGAAGGUAUUUCAUUAAAUAUGUUUAUAUUGUUUGAAAUCUGCAUGUGUGUUUAUUUAUGCUCUAAAAAUGUCAAAUGACAAAAGUGUAGAAAACAAAGUGAUUGUAAAUAGAACACUACUGUUGGUAAUA